CACUAUAGCAAAACCCACUAGACUAGAAGAGCAAUAGCAGAAAUCAAAACAGUGUGAGAAAGUUGGAGUGUCAAAUAAGAUAGAGUAAGAGUGUUGUUGAAGCUGUUUCCUUUUUGGGGUUUUUGGUUGGAGAAGUGAGUGAGAAAGGUAGCAUCUUUCUGACUAUAUAUCAUGAAGAGUAGGAGAAAUGGGUUUGUGGAAACAGAAACAGAGUGUUGUGAUAUUGGGUUGGGUUUGAUGAUGGAAACCCAUCACCAAUCAUUUCCUUGUAAGAAGAUGAAUCAGAUGGUGACGGUGAUGCCUCAUCAUGAGCCUCAAUUUUGCAGUGGUGGUUUUGAUGGAGAAACAGCUAGUAGUAAUAGUACACCUUUGUUUUAUAACACAAGCAACAACAACAACCCAGGGAUUACUGAUAUAUACAAUGCUGCCUCCUCUGAUUUUGGUUCAGUUGUGGUGCCAAAGAAUCUGCAGCAGCCUUACUACUCUGAUAGUUUGUCUUUCAGUUCCUCAGUAGGUGGAAUGGUGAAUGUGAAUGUUAGAAUUCCUUUUACUCCAGCUCAGAGAGAAGAGCUUGAGACACAGACUGUGAUUUACAAGUAUAUCAUGGCAUGCCUCCCUGUCCCUCAACAGUUAAUUCUUUCCAUCACCAACAAUCCAUCACCAAAUGGAGCAAGAGACUCAUCAAGAACAAGAGGAGUGAGAGACAUGUUGGUGGGAUUUUCUAGGAGCUUGGAUCCAGAGCCAUGGAGGUGUAAGAGAACCGAUGGUAAGAAAUGGAGGUGCUCCAGAGACAUAGCUCCUGAUCAGAAAUAUUGUGAGAGACACUGCCACAAAAGACGUUCAAGAAAGCAUGUGGAAUCAAUCCCCAACUUACUCAACAACAAGAAUGCUAACAUGCUAAAUCCAAAGCCUUCAUCUUUCAAGAAUAACAAUCAAACUCCAUUUUCAAGUUCCAUGGUGACUCCUGCUGCUGCAUCACAUGGCCAACCCAGAGCAUUGGACUGGUUCGUGAAUGGAGAAAGCGCCUCUGUUGCUGUUUCUAACCAAGAAUGGGAGCAAUUGAUGCCAUUCAAGUUGGGUUUGAACAGCCACACCAGCAAGCGUGACACAGAUGUGGAUUUUCCAAAGCAACAAAAUGAGAGCUCACUCAAUUUGUAUGGGGGUGGUAGCCAAGGUCUGCAGAGUCAGAGGUCACAUGACUAUUUGGGAGGAGCUUUAAAUUCAAAUCAGGCACAACAGACAAGGCAUUUCAUUGAUGCUUGGUCCACUGAGAGAGAUGGUAAUGGCAUUGAUGAGCUUGGCCAGAGGAAGAGGGGCUCUGUUGCAUUAAACCAGAAGCUGCCCCUUUCAUCCCUCACUCUAUCAAUGUCUGGUGAGAAUAGUGAAGCCAAUGAAGAAAAUGGAAAUAGGCAAAUGGGUGUUGGGGUUUUCGGUUCAGAGAGGCAGAAUGUAACAUGGAUGAGCCCACUUUCAUGGAUGAGCUCAACACCUGGUGGACCUUUGGCUGAAGCUUUGUGCCUUGGCAUUGCCAGUUCCACAAGAGCAACAACAGCCUCUAAUGGCUGUAGAAGCUCAAACGCAGAUGUUAGACAAGAAUUUGAUUUGAUUAACUAAAAUCAAGCAAAGGCACUUUUACACCAAAAUGGUAGAGGUUUGAGUUUUGCGGAGAAGUCGGAAGAAAAGAAAAAAUGAAACUGUUUUGAUUCAUUUUGUUGCCUGCAUCCAAUAGGAGGUUGCCAGUUGAUUACCUUUAGUGUACUUUUCUGUAUUUUGUUUAGAGAAAGAUGAAAAGAAAGUGCACCUGACA